AUGAAGGUCAAGAACCUCCUCCUCUCCCUGCUGCCGUUGGCCGGCUCUGGUGCGAACCUUCUUCUCUUCUCUGCGUUCGCGCAGACCGCGGCGCCGUACAAGGACCCGGACAACAGCUUCGUCUUCGACGGUGUCACCGACCCGGUCCACAGCGUUACGUAUGGUAUCGCUCUCCCUUCCGCGAGCACCAGCACGGAGUUCAUCGGAGAGAUUGUCGCGCCCAUUGCCGCCAAAUGGGUCGGUAUCGCUCUCGGUGGCGCCAUGAUCGGCGACCUCCUUGUCGUGGCGUGGCCAAACGGCAACAAAAUUGUCUCCUCAACUCGUUACUCAACCGUCUACAACGGCCCGACCUUGACGACCCUACCCCAGAGUUUAGUCAACUCGACGCAUUGGAAGUAUGUCUUCCGCUGCCAGAACUGCACGAGCUGGCAGGGUGGAGGAAGCAUUAGUCCCACUGGUUCCGGGUUCUCGCAUGGGCUCGGCUUCUUCGGUAUCAGCUUCACGGAUGCUCAGAACGCGAACUACCAGAACUACCUUAACGGCAACGCUGGUUCCACGACCACGACAACCGGCCCUACUUCCACGACUACGACCACUACUGGCCCCACUGCCACUGGAACGCCUUAUGACUACAUUAUCGUUGGCGCAGGCCCAGGUGGUAUCAUCGCUGCAGACCUCCUUCUUCUUGAGCGUGGGGGCCCAUCUACGGCGGAAACAGGUGGUACUUACGACGCGUCCUGGGCUGCGUCUGCGAACCUGACCAAGUUCGACGUUCCUGGACUAUUUGAGUCCAUGUUCACUGACCCCAACGCAUUCUGGUGGUGCAAGGAUAUCACGUACUUCGCUGGAUGUCUUCUUGGCGGUGGAGGUUCCGUUAACGGCGCUCUCUACUGGUACCCGCCCGAUUCUGACUUCUCCACCGGAACGGCUGGCCUCUACGUGGCAGAACCACACCCCAUACACCAACAAAUUGUCAAGUCGCUCCUCACCCCCCAGGGAUACUCCCAGAUCACGAUCAACGACAACCCGAACUACAAGGACCACGCAUACGGCUACUCCGCGUUCGACUUCCUCAAGGGCGAGCGCGCGGGCCCCGUCGCGACGUACCUUCAGACCGCGCUUGCGCGCCCGAACUUCACGUACAAGGACUAUGUGCUAGUAUCUCAGGUCGUCCGCAACGGCUCGACGAUCACCGGCGUGCGCACAAACGACACCUCGCUCGGGCCCAACGGCGUCAUCCCGCUCAACCCGAAGGGGCGCGUCAUCCUCUCUGCGGGCUCGUUUGGCACGGCGCGCAUUCUCUUCCAGAGCGGGAUCGGGCCGAACGACAUGAUCCAGGUCGUGCAAGGGAACACACAGGCGGCGGCGAACCUCCCCCCGCAGAGCCAGUGGAUCAACCUCCCCGUGGGCAUGGGCGUCUCUGACAACCCGUCGAUCAACCUCGUGUUCACGCAUCCUAGUAUCGACGCCUACGAAAACUGGGCGAACGUUUUCACCAACCCGCGCUCCGCUGACGCCGCACAGUACCUCGCCAACCGCUCUGGUGUCUUCGCUGGGGCGUCACCCAAGAUGAACUUCUGGCGUGCAUACGGGGGCUCCGACGGCAAGGUGCGCUACGCGCAGGGCACCAUCUUCACGAUCACCAUGUACCUCUCCCAGGGGGUCACCUCGCGCGGGCGGAUCGGGAUCGACGCCGCGCUGCGCGGGACGGCGCUCACGAACCCGUGGUUCACGGACCCGUCGACAAGCAGCACGAUGAGCUCGGUGUCGAACCUGACGAUGAUCACGCCGGACGUGACGACGACGAUCGACGCCUACGUGGACUCGUACGACCCGCACGAUGUGUUCCAACCACUGGGUUGGCUCGCGAAGAUCGGGACGAGCUCGUCGACCGCGGUCGUGGACCAGAACGUCAAGGUGUUCAACACAACAAUCUCUUCGUCAUCGAUGCGUCGAUCGUGCCGGCACUGCCAUGGGAACCCCACGGGUAUGAUUCUCUCCACAGCCGAGCAGGCCGUCGCGAAGGUGCUUGCGCUUUCUGGCGGACCUUGA